UCACUUCUCGCGCUGUGAUUGGAUCGCAUCGUUGCUCUCGUCCGAAAAACGGUGUGGCACAGGGGUUUGCAGAUUGAACUAAAGACCCCCAGUAUUGUGUCUGAGAUUUUCGGCCUCGUACUAUAUCUUGAGCUUACAAGAUGAAGAUGGAGAUUAGGCCUCUGUUGAUGUGCUUUGCUCUGUGUGUGGUUUAUGCCACCAGCAAACCCACAGAGAAGAAGGACCGUGUCCACCAUGAUGCGCAGCUCAGCAGCAAAGAGCACGACGAUGGCGCAAACUUUGAUUAUGACCACGAUGCAUUCCUUGGGGAGGAGGAAGCCAAGUCUUUUGAUGACCUGACCCCAGAGGAAAGCAAGGAUAGGCUUGCUAAAAUUGUGGAUAAGAUUGAUGCAGACGAGGAUGGUUUUGUCACAGAGGCUGAGCUGAAAGCAUGGAUCAAAAAGGCUCAAAAGAAGUACAUCUAUGACAAUGUGGACAGGCAAUGGAAGGAUUUUGACAUGAAUAAUGAUGGCAUGAUCUCUUGGGAUGAAUACAAGAAUAUCACAUACGGCACCUACCUUGAUGAUCCUGAACCUGAUGAUGGCUACAACUACAAGCAGAUGAUGGCCAGAGAUGAACGGCGCUUUAAAAUGGCUGAUGGAAAUGGAGACCACAUCGCUGACAAAGAGGAGUUCACUGCCUUCCUACACCCUGAGGAGUAUGAACAUAUGAAGGACAUUGUUGUGUUGGAAACAAUGGAGGAUAUUGAUAAGAAUGGUGAUGGUUUUAUCGACCUAGAGGAGUAUAUUGGCGACAUGUACAACCAUGAGGAUGAAAUGGACGAGCCAGAAUGGGUGGCGACAGAGCGAGAGCAGUUUUCAGAGUUUAGAGACAAGAACAAGGAUGGAAAGAUGGACAAAGAGGAAACCAUGGACUGGAUCCUGCCGGCCGACUAUGACCACGCAGAAGCCGAAGCAAAGCAUCUGGUGUACGAGUCCGACACCGACAAGGAUGGCAAACUCACCAAAGAGGAAGUACUCAACAAGUACGAUUUGUUUGUGGGAAGUCAAGCGACUGACUUUGGGGAGGCGUUAGUUCGACAUGAUGAGUUUUAAUUCUUUUUUUUUUUUUCUAGUAUAAUAGAAAAUUACUUUUGAACUUGUUUUGGUAAAAGUAUAUAAUUUAUUUUAUAUUGAUUCAACAUAAUACAACACUAAAUCCUCAGAUUUAGUUCACUUGAUAGAUUGUUUUCUCUUUUUGCACAUGGAAAUGCAUUCACGUCAUGCAGUCUUAUUUAGUUUUUUUUGUUUUUACUUUAAAGUGUGUUAUGAGUGUUUGUUUGAUCUGUCUUUGGAAUCGUGGUCCAUGUACAUCAUUUUUAUCAUUUCAAUUACUAUUUAUAUUUGAUAAUGCAAAUCUGUUUAUUCAGAACUAAAUUCAAGGCAGUUUUAUACAUGUUACUGAUCUAUGAUCAGCUCCCCUUGCUGUUCACAGUCCUGUUCAUUAGGAUACUGUACUGAAAGCUCUCAGAUUGAUUUCUUUUAAGGGUUUAUACAAAUAGGUAUAAAAUAUAUGUAUAUAUUUACACAUUUAUGUGAAUAUGUUUAUAGCUUUAUACAAAUAAUCUCACAUUUCUCUCCUGUGUGUAUUGGCACAAACAUUGAUUCAUGUGGACCCUCCCGUUUCUCUCUAAAGGCAAUAUACUGUUUUCUUUCUAUAUUUUUUUUUUUUAAUUAUCUUCAUUCACAUUUCCCAUGAAUUUCUAUCAAUAUUAGAUUUGUGUAUUCUUAAAGACUCCUAGAUUCUCAACUCUCAUUGUGCCUGUCACUAAUUUUCUAUUUGAUUUGGAUCUUCAGUUUGAGCUAUAUGUCUAAAACUUCAAAUAAUUUUGGUUCAUAAGGUCCAAUCGAACACAUUGCUGAAUAGUUUGUUGUUUGUUACAAAUUUGCCAUGUGACAAGCAUAGCAGCAUCCUUUGUGGUCCAUUUAACACAUUUCUUUCCUAUAAAAAUGUUUAAGCACCUAAGGUUUUCAGGUGACUUCCUUCAAAUGGUGCUGUUUUAACUCCAUAGCUGUAUCUUGAAAAGAACAAAUUGUCAAUAAAGAAUUAUGACCGAUUAUC